GCGGGUUUUGCAAUGCGCGGUUUCGGUUCCCGGCCCGGGAGGCGCCGCCGGCCCCGCUCCGCUCCCGAGCUCCGCACCCGCCGGGCUGCUGCCGCCAGCCCCGGGCUGCUGGGGCUCGCUCCAUGCUCGGCCUCGGCCCCGGGGCCGCCCAGGGGAGCGACUGCCGGAGGGGUGAAGGCUGGGGCUCGGCGGGGUGAACCUCACCCGGCCGGGGGGAGCCCCGCGCUCUGCUGGACAUGCAGAGCACCCCCAACUACCUGUGGAGCACCGAGGACCUGCUGGGCCAGGGGGCCACGGCCUCUGUCUACAGAGCUCGCAACAAGAAAUCGGGGGAGCUGGUUGCUGUGAAGGUGUUUAACAGUGCCAGCUACCUGCGGCCCCAGGAGGUGCAGAUGAGAGAGUUCGAGAUGCUGAGGAAGCUGAACCACAAAAACAUCGUCAAAUUAUUUGCCGUGGAGGAGACAGGCAGCAGCAAGCAGAAGGUGCUGGUGAUGGAAUACUGCUCCAGUGGCAGCCUGCUGAACGUGCUGGAAGACCCAGCCAAUGCCUUUGGCCUGGCUGAGUCCGAGUUCCUCAUCGUGCUGCAGUGUGUGGUGGCAGGGAUGAACCACCUCCGCGAGAACGGCGUCGUGCACAGGGACAUCAAACCCGGCAACAUCAUGAGGCUGGUGGGAGAGGACGGGCAGAGCAUCUACAAGCUGACGGAUUUCGGAGCCGCCCGAGAGCUGGAGGAUGAUGAGAAGUUUGUGUCUGUCUAUGGGACAGAGGAGUACCUCCCCCCUGACGUGUACGAGCGAGCCGUGCUGCGCAAGCCGCAGCAGAAGGCCUUUGGUGUCACCGUGGACCUCUGGAGCAUUGGUGUCACCUUCUACCACGCUGCCACGGGCAGCCUGCCCUUCGUGCCCUUCGGGGGACCCCGCAGGAACAAGGAGAUCAUGUACAAAAUCACCACGGAGAAGCCUCGUGGGGCCAUUGCAGGGAUCCAGAGGCAGGAGAACGGGAACAUUGAGUGGAGCUACGAGCUGCCCAUCACCUGCCGCCUCUCCACGGGGCUGAAGGACCAGCUGAUCCCCAUCUUGGCGAACAUCCUGGAGGUGGAUCAGGAGAAGUGCUGGGGAUUCGACCAGUUUUUCGCAGGAACCAACGACAUUUUGCACAGGAUCGUGGUGGACGUGUUCUCCCUGCAGCAGGCGUCCUCCCAUCGCAUCUACAUCCACUCCUACAACACUACCACCAAGUUUUUAGAUGCCGUCUUCAAACAGACAAAUAUAGUCCCUCACCAUCAAGAAUAUUAUUUUGAAGGACACCUGUAUGAGCUGGAUCCCAACCUACAAGCUCAUCAUUUCUGCAGAACCACAGAGAGCAGCCCCCUGACUUUGCUGAGCACCUCAGAGCAGCCCGAGGACGUGGUGGGGGUCCGGUACCGCGACCGUGAGUCGGCGCUGGAGUUCCCCAAGUUCGUGCCCAGGGUGGACGUGGUGGCCGACUGCAGUGCAGCCAAGAGUGCCGUGGGUGCUGCUCACCAGACGCUGCGCGUGGGGCAGGCGCUGCGGAGGGGCCGGGAGCUGCUGGCCAGGGGCCUCCACUGGGUGAUUGGGAACCUGAGGACAGAGUGCUGCAGGAUUUUGGAGCAGAGGAGGGGGGCUCACUCCGUGCUCACCUGCCUGCAGCUCACCCAGGGGAAGACACACGUGCUGUUCGAGGCCGUUCCUGCAGGCAGCAGGGGCCCGGCUGGGGUGGAUGUGGUGAAGGCAAGGCUGCAGAGGGUGGAAGAGGAGCUCUCCCAGUGCUCCCACAGCAUCUUUGACUUCCAGGGGGCACUGGAUGGGAUUCUGGCCGAGCUGGUGAAGGACAGGCAGCAAGCGCACGAGGACAAAAGCAUCCAGCAGAUGGAGUGCUGCCUGGAGAAGAUGCAGGUGAUCCACAAGCAGUUCAAGAAGGCCAGGACGAGUCUGAGGCUGAGCUACAACGAGGAACAAAUCCACAAGCUGGAUAAGCUGAAUUUGGGGAACCUGGCCAGGAAGGUUCUGUCCAUUUUCCAGAACGACUGUGUCCAGCAGUACCAGGAGGCCCUGGCCCUGCACAGCAGCAGGAUGAGGAAAGUUUGUGAGAUCAAGAAGCAGCUGAAGAGGCUCAGCAACCGCAUCAGUGCCUGCAGCGUGGAGAUGAUGGAGUGCCAGGACUGCCUGCAGGGCGCUCUGGACAGGCUUCUCCAGGUGGAGCAAUGGAAUUUGGCCCCUCCUGUGCCUUCCCCCGUGCCCCUGAGCCAGGCCUGCCAGGAGAUGGCUCUGCGGAUGCAGGAGCUGCUGCAGCAGAUGAGGUCGGUCUCCUGCGAUCUGCAGCUCAACAACAGCAUCAUCGAGCGGUUGGGUGGGGCUGCUCCUGCUCCCAGCGUUUGAGGGACAUGGUGAGGGUGCAGCUGCUGAAGCAAAACUUCCCAGCAGAGGGGAUUCACAGCACCUGGAGCCACAGAGCUGCUGCACUUCCGUGCCCUGGGAGCUCUCCGUGUCCUACCUCUGUGCCCCAGCACUUUGCACGUUCUCCCCCCUCAGCCCCGAGUGCCCUGAGCCUCUGGAAGUUUGGCCAGAAAAUCGAGUGGGAUUUUAUAUUUUUCUUUAAAAAAAAAAAAUGCUUGAAGGA